AUCAACUUCGUAUGGACAUUAGAUCAUUUCGAUUAUUAUGUUGUCUCCUCCGUAAUGAAGGUCAAUUGAAAGAAGAUGGACUAGUAUGUUGUGAAGAACAAGUGGCUAUGUUCUUACACAUAUUGGCACAUCAUUCAAAAAAUCGUGUAAUUAAGUUCCUAUUUAAACGAUCAGGGAAAACUGUUAGUAGGUAUUUUAAUUUCGUCUUGAAUGGGGUUUUAAGAUUGCAUGAGAUACUUCUUAAAGCUCCAGAACCUGUCCCUGAAGAUUGUGUGGAUGAAAGAUGGAAAUUUUUAAAGUGUCUUGGGGCACUGGAUGGAACACAUAUCCAAGUCAAUGUACCGGUGCUUGACAAGCCUCGAUAUCGUAAUAGAAAAGGGGAUAUAUCUACCAAUGUUUUGGGUGCAUGUUCUAGGGAUAUACAAUUUAUUUAUGUGUUGCCUGGAUGGGAAGGAUCGGCAUCAGAUUCUAGGGUGUUGCGGGAUGCCAUUUCUAGGAGGAAUGGUUUAAUUGUUCCAACAGGUUAUUAUUAUCUUGUGGAUGCUGGAUAUACAAAUUGUGAACGAUUUCUCGCUCCAUAUAGAGGGUGUCGUUAUCAUCGGAGUGAAUGGAGGCGUGGAUACACACCUUCGAAUAAAGAAGAACUCUUUAACAUGAGACACUCUAUGGCAAGAAAUGUGAUAGAACGGACUUUUGGAUUGCUAAAAAUGCGUUGGUUUGCUUAUGAUCGUAUUCCUAUCUGUAAGGUGGUGUUCUGGUGUUGGUUAGGUGGUAUCAAGUGUUGCAGAGUGUUGGGCACUGGUUCGGCUGGUUUGAGGUUGCAGUAG